ACACCACUGCAAUCGCAUUGCGAUCACAAUUACACAGCACAACCAUGUUGCAAUAACAACGAUCUCGUUCGACCUCACCGAAGACUCCCUGCCAUAAAUUCCCCCGAAACACUCUUUACAGCCAUGAUCGAUCAUUGAACAUACUCCAACCUGUCACAAUGCUCUCAACAUCGCCCCGUCUUCUCAUUCGACAUCCCUCUCCAACAACCGCCGAAUUCACAGUCACGACUCUCCGGCCGAUACCACCGGCUCUACAUACACUACUUAUCAUCUCUCGAAUUCUCCUCUCGAUCUUCGCCCUUCUUCUACUCCACGCGCGCCUGACUCUACAUCCUCUCUUUGCCUACGCCCCUCCCUCUCUCCUCAAGAUCAUACCAGCUUCAUACCUCCGUGCACCAACUUCGACAGCGGCCCUUGCGCAAAACAUACCAUUAUCUGUCCUCGUUCCCGCGAGUAUAGCUGUGCUAUGGCUAUCCAGUCGAAGAGGCUACGCCAGCGAGAGCAUUCUUGUCAUGAGAGGCUUGGGUGUACAGACUAGUGAAAGUCCAGGGAGUUAUCUUGCUGGUACAGCGACGAGGUUCAUACCAACCGAGAAGAUCCAAGACAUUCUUGUCAAUGAAGCGUUUCUCGGGUUUGAGGUAAGAUACUACCUCAUUGUUAUAGUUGAGGGCGAGGAUGACGUGGUGGUUGUAUUUCCAGGCUUGUUACCACGACGAAAGAUUGUGGAAGAAGUUUGGAGGGGUGUUCGGCGGUGUUUGUAUGAGCAAAGAGGAGAGGAUAAAUCACUGGGCUAAAAGGAAUUAUACCCAUAGAGGAGCGUUUAACACAUGGAUGUGUCCAGUAUACGAUGAUAUGAUUUAAUUCUUUAUUUAUUUUUAU